AUGGAUCAAGACCACAUCGACUCACUCCUUGCGAGUCUUUUAAACCUCGUACACGAAUAUGAGGCACUGCAACUAGAGCUAUCAAAGCUGACAUCAGGCGUGCACCUAAACUUGGCCAAAGCAAACUUCGCUGGCGAGCGGGGAAUGAGAUAUGACGCAGACCACUUUAACGGGGCGAUGCGCGCAACAAGAGGGAUAAAAAUCACGGAUGGAGAAGAUGGUGUACCGGUAUUCACCUACAAGAAGUUGGACUCUCCUCCCGAUGAAGAAGAUCAAGAGGAGGAUGAGAAACAGGAGGACAGCCCUGAAGGAGAGAGCGCCGCCGCCGCCGCCCAGGAAAAUUCUGAAGCCAGUCCCGAGGGCAAAGAUGAAGACAAAGAGGAGCAGGACAAGAAAAAGACAAAGAAGGUGAACAGGGAUCCUCUGAACCGGUUCGGCCUCCUUGUCCCUGCCCCCCUUCGAGAAGCCAAGUCUCUCUCUAUCCAGAUGGUAGAGCAGAUCAUCCCGCGAAUCGCCUCUAUUAAAGCCCGGAUAGCGGACGUCGAGAUUGAGAUCCGUCGGGCGAAGAAGAAGAGGGCAAAGGCGGAGGCGGCGGCGGCGGCGGCUGCUGCUCAGGCAGAAAAGGAGGCUGCUGAGGCGAGCUGA